AUGGAUGUAAAAAAACUGCACGAAGACUUGCGCUGUUCUGUGUGUACGAACACAUAUACUGAUCCGAAGCAACUGCCAUGUUUACACUGUUUCUGUCUUCAAUGCUUGAAUGAUAUUCAACGGCAAAGUAACGAUUGCGACAGCAUUACAUGUCCAGAAUGCAGUCUGGAAUUUUCUGUCCCAAGCAGAGGAAAUCUGAGCGACUUUCCAUCAAACAUUCGUGUCAGCAACAUGCUCAACGUUUUGGCUAUUAAAGAGCGCAACACAUCGGUAGUGAAAUGUGGAAAUUGUGACAAGAAGAGCUCUCAGUGUUUCUAUUGCUUUCACUGUUGUAUCUUCUGGUGUGAGGAGUGUGUCAUUGCUCAUAGUACGAUCCGAAAUAACAAAGGACACCGUGUUCUACUUGUAAACGAUUUUCGAGAUCAUGACUUCGAAGAGAUCUCAAAACGACCCGUGAAACUUGAAUUUUGCUCCAAGAAGGACCACGAAAAAGAGGAAUUGAGAUUCUUUUGCGGGGAUUGUGAAAGGCCCAUUUGCAACAUUUGCGUCGUGACAGUCCACAACCGUCACACAAAGAUGCUCUUGGAAGACGUUCUAACUGAAAAAAGAGCAGAAAUUAUCUCUUUGAUUAAUUCUAAACGGAAAUUAAUUGAAAAAAAGCAUGGUCAAAUAAAUGAACUACAAGUCAAAUGCACUGAAUUACAAAAUAAAGUGUCAAACGUGAAGCGCGACGCACGCUCGUUAGCAGAUAAUAUUAUCGCGGUCAUUGAAGCGAAGAUGCGAGAAAUGUUUGAGGACGUGGAUAAGCAAGCCGAAGAAAUACUCGAUUUCUUUAAAAAUCAGCAAAUCUGUUUGGAAAAACAAGUACAAUCAGUGGAGAAAGAAAUUGAAGAAAUUGAAGAAUUUGUGAAAGGAAGUACCAGGGCCGAGCUUUUACGGUACAAAUCCAAAUUAGAAAAAUCUCUACAUGUCAGUGCACCUGAAAUUGGAAACUGCAAUGACCUAAGAAAAAAUUGUCACCUAAUUCUAAAACAAAAUGACGCAUCAAUGAAGGCAUUACAGGCUCAUGGAAUUGGUUCAAUGAAAGCGUUCCUGACUCUCACUUCAUAUAGUAAAUCAACUGCCGAUGUUAAAGGAAUGAGGGAGGCGAUUGUUGGAUUGGAGGCUCGCUCUGUUUUGACUACGAAAAAUGCUGAAGGCGAAAAGUGUUACACAGAGCAUGACGAGAUAAGCGUAAGAGUUACAAAUUGGGAUGGCCAUGAUAGUGUCACGACGGCGCAAGUCCAAGAUAAUAGAGACGGUACCUACUUCGUCACUCAUUUCUUUACGGAAACAGGAAAGCACGAAAUCUCAGUAACUAUAAAUGAAGAGCACGUUUGUGGGAGUCCUUUUGCUGUUGUUGUCAAACCAAGAAGCUUCGUCCCUUUGUCAACAUUUGGAGAACAAAGGAUGCAUGCUGGAAGCCUUAGCAAGCCUUGGGGCAUUGCAGUGAGCGCCCGUAAUGAAAUAGCAGUGACUGAAAGCAAUGCGAACAGAGUUCAGGUAUUCAGCUGCAAUGGGACAUAUUUGCGCUCUUUUGGAAGAAAGGGCAAUCAGAAAGGAGAAUUUUACUAUCCUACUGGCAUAGCAUUUGAUAAUAGUGGGAACAUUUUAGUAGCAGACACUUUUAACCAUCGCAUUCAAUUGCUUUGUGACCGUGGGAAGUACCUCAGCCAAUUUGGAGGAGAAGGAAGUCUUGAUCACCAGCUCAAGUAUCCAUACGGCUUGUUUGUGGACAGCGUAGGUAAUAUCAUUGUUGCUGAUUCAGGCAAUAAAUUGGUCAAAUUCUUUUCUAAUACUGGUUCUUGUUUAAAGAAAAUAGGUGAAACAUUUUGUCUAACAAAACCACUCAAUUGUAUUCAGCAUGACGAUCUAUUUUUAAUAUCGGACAUUUCUGAGCAUUGCAUCGUAGUAUUUGAUAGAAAAGGGCAAUUUCAGUACAAAAUCGGAAAAAAAGGACAGGGGGAUGGGGAGUUCAAUGAACCAUCUUAUGUCUCAGUUUACAAACCCGGAGAACUGAUGAUUUGUGAUUCAUUAAAUCACAGAGUUCAGAUAGUCAAAUUAAAUGGCACACUUGUCUCAAAAUUUGGGGGAAAGGGACAUAAGGUGGGAAAAUUAAAGAGACCAACCUCUUCAGCCGUUCUCCGUGAUAACAAGAUUGUACUGACUGAUUGUUUUAAUGACCGCAUACAAAUAUUCAGCGAGUAG